GGUAAAAGCGCUGCAGCCUGCAGGAGGGGGCUGAGGGCUCAGAAUCACACCGUCGGCCCCUCUGCAGCUCCAGCUUCUCACUGUGCAUCUGAGCAGACCAUGGCCAGGCCCCUGCGUGCCCCUCUGCUCCUGCUGGCCAGCCUGGCCGUGACCCUGGCUGUGACCCUGGCCAUGACCCUGGCCAGGAGCUCCAAACCGGUGGGUGGCAUCAAGGGAGCAGAUGUCAAUGAUGAGGGCGUGCAGCGGGAGCUGGACUUUGCCACCAGCAAAUACAACGAAGAGAGCAAUGACUCACACUACAACCAAGUGCAGCAGAUAGUGAGUACCGUCCAGCAGGUCCUGUUUAGGUUGCUGUACUCCUUGUACAUGGAGCUCAGCCAGACCACAUGUAACAAGUCCCAGGCCAACUUGGACAACUGUCGCUUCCAAGAGCAGCCGAAUCUGAAGUAGGAAAAGCUGUACUCUUUGUAGAUCUACAGUAUUCCCUGGGAGAUUUCAAUGAACUUGGUGAAAUCCAGCUGUCGGAAGGCCUAGGAGUCUGUGCCAGGCUGGGCUGCACCCACCCAUCUUCCCCAUACCUCUCACCUCCCUGUACUGCUCCCCACCCUGGGACGGAGGCCCCGCCCUGGUGCAGGUCUCCUCCCCGCAUCAGCACCCGGAGGGAGGCAGGUAGACAAGGCUUCGGGAGGCCUUGACCAGCCAAGUGGCUCUACCUGUUCCUUUCUCCCUACUGCUUCUCAGACUCGCUGGUACACCAAGCUCUGCUCCUGCCUCCUUUAAUAAAAGAGUAGCAUUGGCUCCGUCUUGAGUUUUUCCUA